CUUUCCAAUCUACCAAACUCAUAAUGCGCUUCCUCCCAUUCAGCCUCAACAGGAAGCGAUCAGUGCAUGACAAUGCCCAAGAAGAAAGCGAAAAGAAUGCCACAGCACAGCAUGUCGUUGAUAUGGAUCAAGCCAGCCAUGAUGUAGAUAGCUCAGAUCCCAAUAGCGAGCCAGCCGCCACUGAAAAGCAGGAAGAGAAAAGACGCAGUCGCUGGACAGGUGGAGUCAGCUCAAAGAAUAGACGUCUCGUACGAAUCUUUGGUCAAGUUGGCUUCUGCGCGAAAGGCAUGGUUUAUGGAAUUAUUGGAGUCCUUAUUCUGACAAAUGUCAGUGGCCAAGAAACUCCCAACAACAGCACUGGAAAUGAAAGCCCUCAAGGAGCAUUUCUGCUUCUUGGCGGUAUUCCCGGAAUCGGUAGACCGGUUUUAAUCGUCAUGGCCAUUGGACUUUUGACAUAUAUUAUUUGGAGAAUGUGGGAAGCUGUUACCGGCCAAGGAAGUGACAAGUCAUUUAGUAAAAAGAAGAAUUUCUUCCGCUAUCGACUGUCGCCGUUCGUAUCAGGACUUGUUUAUAUCGCAUAUACCUACUACAUUAUAAAAAUGAUUUUCGAGACACCGGAAGAACAGGCACAAACCGCUUCAAACAACCAGUUUCCUGCAAGUUGGGCGACAACUAAACUCGGAAUGGCUGGCUUAGGCGUCGUAGGCGUUGCUUUCAUCAUUGCCACCAUCACCCAGCUCAUCAAUGGUAUUGGUGGUGGAUUCAUCCGGGAUCUGAAAACAUCUGAGCCAGAUUUUCCUCGCAAGUGGGAAGCCUUGAUAGUCCAUAUCGCCGGUCGCAUUGGAUUUUUAGCUCGUGCUGGUGUCUUUUGCUUAGUUUCAGCGUUCAUGUGGAAGACAUUGAAAGAUCCCAUUCCAAGCGGCAAUGUCAGCGUAGUUGCCAAGAGUAUCAGUACACUGAAUACCAAUGACGGUGGCAAAUUUUUCCUCGUCAUUCUUGGGGUUGGACUGGUAAUAUAUGGCGUCUUUGCCAUUUCCAAUGCUCAUUACAAGUACUUCCCAACUCCUCCUCCAAAUCGUACACCGGAAAGAGACAUUGAAUUGGGAGAGCAUGGCGUUGACCCUGAUCGUGACCCUCAAGGAGCUGAAGAGGAAAUACAAAGAAUGAAGAAGGAAAAGAAGGAACAAAAGAAGGCAGCAUUGAAGGGGUUGAAAUCUGACGAAGACAAUCUAAGACGCACACAGCUCGAAAUGCAGAAAAGUGCGAAAACUAGGUCCAGCCUGGAUCUCUGAUGAUACCCUUUACUGUACAGUUGCUCAUAUUGUAGAGUUAACUACAACAUUUUAAUUCGUUUUAAAUAUCCUUGAAUAAGUAGAUACCGCUAUCAUGUAAAUUUUUUCGUUUGUUAAUUUUUUUUUUAAAAGAAUAAUAGAAUUGUACUGUUAUCGAGGAAAA